AUGAGUUAAUCAAAAUUAAACAAUUCAACCCAAAAGUACGCUGUCAUCACAGGUGCAUCGUCCGGUAUAGGAUACGAACUUGCCAAAGAGUUUACUAAGAAAGAUUACAAGGUCUUUGGUGCUUCUCCGCAAUCAGUCUUACAUUUGCAAGACCUCCUUGUUGCUGAAUAUGGAGUUAUUUCCAUCCCUUGUGAUAUUACUAAUGUCGAUGAUUUAAAGAAAUUAAAAAACGUUGUUUUUGAAGAAACCGGUGGCCACUUAGACAUCUUGUACAACAAUGCAGAAAUUGUCCUUGGUGACCCCGCAACUUCCAUGGAUGAAGCAAAGGUGGAUAAGAUUUUCAAGUGAAUGUAAUUGGUCACAUCAAUGUUACAAAGCAACUUGCUCCAUAUGUCAUCAACCAAGGGAUCUAUAGUAUUCACUAGCUCCGUCGCAGCAAGAGUGCCUCCCGCUUGGAUUAGUUUCCAUUGUGCUACUAAAGCAGCCAUCGAUUCAUACGCACAAACAUUAUAUGGAGAAAUGGAACCUUUUGGAGUUAAAGUUCAUAGUGUAAUCACGGGAGGAGUGAAUACCCGAAUUGGUGAUGGAGAUAGCAUCGAUGAAGGUGAAAAUCAGUUUGAGAACUCCUUGUAUUAUGUUGAUGGUUGUCAUGUAAGUGGCCUCGCGGCAAAGGAUAUGGCUACGCAUGGAAUUAGUCCUGAACUGUACGCCAAGGAUUUGCUUCCAAGGGUGUUGAAUAAACUGACUAGAUUCAACUUGUAUGGUGGAAGGUGGUCCUAUGCUUUACGUUUGAUGGGCAGGUUCUAUUCAUUAUGGCUUUUAGAAUUCCUUAUGCGGUUGCUUUUUAAACAAGAUAGGGUUUUCAGAAAUAUUAAGAAGUUAAGGAAGUAA